CCAUGCGCCGCCUGCGGGAGCACCUGCUUCCCCAGGGCAAGGGGCCGCCACCCGGCUGCCGGCCAGUGCCGGUCGCCGGCGAUGAGGGGCAGGCGAGCGGGAAGGAGGCGCGCCGGCCUGGGGCUCACCUGUCCCACCAGAAGAGCUCUUCGUUGCCCAGCACCGCUUGCCUGGAGCAGCUGCUGCAGGGCUCGCCCACUGUCGGCAGGAGACAGGAGCAGCGGGCGGAGGACGGCGACGGUGGCGCGAGAACAAAUUUGGUUGGAAUAAGUAAUGCAGAUUUUCCCUCUGGGGACCCUGGAAUGUACCAGUUGGAUGUUACUCUAAGAAGAGGACAAAAUCUAGCUGCCCGGGACCGUGGCGGAACCAGUGAUCCAUAUGUCAAGUUCAAACUUGGAGGAAAAGAAGUAUUUAGAAGUAAAACAGUACACAAGAACCUCAAUCCUGUGUGGGAAGAAAAAGCUUGCAUUCUUAUAGAUAACCCAAGAGAACCAUUGUAUAUAAAGGUAUUUGACUAUGACUUCGGACUUCAAGAUGACUUCAUUGGUUCAGCAUUUUUGGAUCUCACGUCAUUGGAAUUAAACAGGCAGACAGAUGUUACCUUGAGUCUGAAGGAUCCUCAUUACCCUGACCAUGAUCUGGGAAGUAUAUUCUUGUCGGUUCUGUUGGCUCCAGGAGAACAGCGAGAACCGACAAUGCUAAUGAGGAAGAGUUGGAAAAGAUCAAGUAAGUUUCAGACCCAGAGCUUACGUCUCUCAGACCUGCACAGAAAGUCUCAGCUAUGGAGAGGAAUAGUUAGUGUUACCUUAAUAGAAGGUCGUGAACUUAAGGCAAUGGAUGCAAAUGGACUAAGUGAUCCAUAUGUGAAGUUCCGACUGGGGCAUCAGAAGUACAAAAGCAAGAUUGUGCCAAAAACUUUGAAUCCUCAGUGGAGGGAGCAGUUUGACUUUCAUCUCUAUGAAGAACGAGGUGGAAUUAUUGAUAUUACAGUGUGGGACAAAGAUGCUGGCAAAAAGGAUGAUUUUAUUGGCAGAUGCCAGGUUGACCUGUCGACCCUGAGUAAAGAACAAACCCACAAGUUGGAGAUGCCACUAGAGGAGGGAGAGGGAUACCUGGUGUUGCUGGUCACUCUCACAGCCUCAGCUGCAGUCACCAUAUCUGACCUCUCCGUUAACUCCCUGGAGGACCAGAAGGAGCGAGAGGAGAUACUGAAGAGAUAUAGUCCAAUGAUGAUGUUCCAUAACAUCAGCGAUGUGGGAUUUCUUCAGGUGAAGGUCAUCAGGGCAGAGGCAUUGAUGGCAGCUGAUGUCACAGGUAAAAGUGACCCAUUUUGUGUAGUUGAAUUGAACAAUGACAGAUUGCUGACACAUACCAUCUACAAGAACCUCAAUCCAGAAUGGAACAAAAUCUUCACAUUUAAUAUAAAAGACAUCCACUCGGUGCUUGAAGUGACAGUUUACGAUGAAGACCGCGAUCGAAGUGCUGACUUUCUAGGCAAAGUUGCUAUACCACUGCUGUCUAUUCAAAAUGGUGAACAGAAAGCCUACGUCUUGAAAAACAAGCAGCUGACAGGGCCAACAAAGGGGGUCAUCUAUCUUGAAAUAGAUGUGAUUUUUAAUGCUGUGAAAGCCAGCAUAAGAACCUUAAUGCCUAAAGAACAGAAGUAUAUUGAAGAGGAAGACAGACUGUCUAAACAGCUACUAUUAAGGAACUUUAUCCGGAUGAAGCAUUGUAUCAUGGCGCUCGUAACUGCCAUCUGCUACAUUAGCAGUUGCUUUGACUGGGAUUCUCCCCCGAGAAGUCUAGCUGCUUUUUUGCUUUUUCUUUUUGUGGUCUGGAACUUUGAGCUCUACAUGAUACCACUGGCUUUGUUGUUGCUGCUGGCAUGGAACUACUUCUUGAUCGUAUCAGGGAAAGAUAAUAGGCAACAUAAUACAGUAGUGGAGGACAUGCUAGAGGACGAGGAAGAAGAGGAUGACAGAGAUGACAAGUCCAGAGCUGGGUCAAAUAUUUUUCUGCCAGGAACAAAAAUAAUUCAGCAUGUCUGGAACUUGAUAGCUCUUGUGAAGAUAACUGCAGCAACAACUGUUUUUGAAGGACAAAAAUUCCUCCUGUCUUGAAUAUUACAAAUAGGACUGCACUUCAGGUGAAAAAUGAUGUGGAAAUAGCAACUCCAUACGGGUUAAAGUUGGGAUAUUGACAUCUAAAAUUUUCAAAGAAUUACGUGGUGGGAGAACGGCUUAAAAGUUUUGCACUCCAUAUGACAUUUAAGUAAUCACGAUUCUCCUAGACAUCCACUUGAUUUGAAGUUUGCAUUGUGGCCCUGCAAGGUGGGAAACUGUGGGGGAUCAUUCAGCUAUUUGAGUGGAUGUGGUUCAGUUUAGAGGCUGCUGAUUGGGUUGAGGAUUGCAACCACAGUGAAUAACAGCUCAUUUCCACAUUUAGCCCCACUAUCAGACUGCUUGGAUUGGUUGUCCCCCAGGGAGAGGGAAAAAACAGAGAAAAGAAAUUAGAAUGACCUUCCACCACUGAAGCAAUGGCUAGCACUGGCAGGAUGGCUUUCUGGUGAGACAAGUGCAGUGAAGACAGCCCCUUUGUUGCUGGUAUUUUCCUAUCAGAAAGGUGGUAUUUGUGGAAGAAAGGAAAAAUAUAGUUUUACAACAACUUUGUAUUAAAAUUCAGAUUAUUUUGACCUUCACAGAUGUUCCCCCCACUUCUCUUCUAGUAAAGCAAUUUUUUUUUUCUGAAAGGAGAAAAACAGUGUAUUUAUACUCUUGACCUUUUUUCUGGCUGAGAUAUACAUUUAUAUGAAGAAUAUAACAAUUCAUAUGCUGGCAGCAGCAUUUGAAAUGUCAGAAAAUUCACCAUGAUUAGUUAAUACCCUGAAUGAUUAUUUUUCUGUUAGCUAACACCUAAAAUAUGAGAAAUGAUUUAAAAAAAGAUUAUUUUCCUUGUUCCAUUGCCAGGUCAAACAUUUUAAAAUUGACAGAAAGCUAUUAUGUGAAAUUCUUCUAUACGCCACUUAAAUUGUUAGCUACAUAAUUUCAGAAUGAGCAAACAUUGUAAUAACAAAGACCUUCUUUUACAAAACACAUAUGCGACGGUUUUUAACACUAAAUUAUAUGAGCAUCCACUUCUGGCAAUAAAAUACAUGAUUUAUUGCAAGGGUCCAUCAUGUAGCUGUGAAGAGCUUGUAUUUUGUCUCAGCAUGCUGGCUUU